AUGGGAAGAGCUCCUUGCUGUGACAAAACUAAUGUAAAGAAAGGAUCUUGGUCUCCUGAAGAAGAUGAAAAGCUCAAAGGGUUCAUACACAAACAUGGAAUUGGUGGCAAUUGGAUUGCUUUUCCUCAUAAAGCAGGUCUUAGAAGAUGCGGAAAGAGUUGUAGAUUAAGAUGGUUAAACUAUUUGAGACCAAAUAUCAAACACGGAGACUUCUCUGAAGAAGAAGAUAGAAUUAUUUGCACCCUUUUCGCUACAAUUGGUAGCAGAUGGUCGAUAAUAGCAGCUCAAUUACCCGGAAGAACUGAUAACGAUAUCAAGAAUCACUGGAAUUCGAAGCUUAAGAAGAAACUCAUCUUUACACCAGUGGAAUACCCAAUUACAAAUUCUACCCCUACCUUCUUCCAGCCUGAUAAUCAUCAUCAUUAUCAUCAGUUGGAUUUGAGUAAUUCAUUUCUUGCUUUUGGAGGGGAAGCUAAUAACUGCAGCUCGACUGAUGUAUCAAGUUAUAGCAAUAAGAUCUUCAGGAGAUUAUCAUAUAAUGAUCAGAAGGAUCAGGAUUACAAGAUAGGAUCAGAAGUAAUUUAUUUUCAGAAUCCAAGUUAUGAUGAGUUUAAGGAUCUCAUGAACACAGACAUGAAUUUUCCUUUUGAUGAAAUCAGGGCAGAGGAAAAAGUCAUAUGUACUAAUAAUGAUGAUGUUUGA